GUCGGCCGGUAGUCCGCGGUCACACUGUCCAUUGUUCAAGACGCAAAAUUUUCCGCGAAUUGGAAAUAUAAAUAUAUUAUUCACAAUACAGCUUAGAGGGAAUGUCCAAACGUAAAGCCGAGGAUACAAACAUCGAAAUGGCAUCAGGUCAAGAGAAAAUCAGCCCCAAGAACAAUUUUAACAUUGGCCUGGCAGAGCCACUGAAAGAUUAUCAGAAGCUGAUCGAAACGAAGGUGCAAGUUGAUGAAAUUGUCGACGAUGAAGUCAUCAAGAAUAAUUUCGAAGGCAUUGCAGCGGCGGCGCGUGGCGUCAUUUGGCAGCUGCUAUUUACCGGAGCUGAUGGCGACGGCGGCGUCAUCUCUGAGUCACAGCAGAAGGCUUCCGAACUGCUAGAGGAAUACAAAGGUGAUGCCACAUUCUAUGAUCCAUGGGAGUACAACAAAUGGAUUAUCACGCUGCGGGACGAAGUGCUGAAGAAGGAACUCCUUGAUUUUUGGCGAAACACAAUCGUGAAGAAGCAGCUUGGACCGUGCUGGUCGCGCGACUGUGAUCUGUUUGACAGUGACGAUACGCCUCCAGUGGAGUUUUACGCCCACGCUGGAUGCACGGCUCCGUUUGCCGCCAGUCUCAAGGUGCGAGCAGCCAACAAUGAGCUGCGGGCAUCAGAAGCCUCCGAUGCAGAGUCAUCCAGGGAAGCACCCGAGGGGGAGGAGAGAUCUGCAGAGCGCAGUGCCGAUGAUGAGGCAGCCUUCACGGGUGUAUUCGAUGCUGUUAUAACCCGGGAUCAGCCGCUCAGCGAAUACCGCGACCUCAUGACGCGCUUUGUGCUGACCGAUGUCAUUGUACCCGAUGAAAUUCAGCAGGCCAGCGUCAAGAAGAUCGCCAAAGCCGCCCAGGAUGUCAUCUGGCAGAUUCUGUUCGAGGGCAAGCCCUCGCAAGAGGAUCAAGACAAGGCGGCCGAUCUGCUGCAGGAGUAUAAAACCGAUUCCGGCUUCUAUGGCCCCUGGGACUACAACGAGUGGAUUGUUAAGCUGCGCGAUGAGGUCCUGGCCAAACAGCUGCUCGACUUUUGGCGAGAGAAGAUCGUCAAGCUGGAGCUGGGUCCCUGCUGGUCCCGCGACUCGGAUUUCUUUGAAAACGAUGAUGAUGUACCCCUGGAGUUCUACAACAAAGCUGGCUGCAAGGCGCCCUUCAAUCCACCAGCCGAUACCUAGAUGGACAGGAGCUCCUCCAUUGAAGCCCCCACCACGUUGUUGCCUGCAGCUUUUCAUACAUUUUGUGGUUUAUGGUUUCGUUAGUCUGUGGCGCACGAAUAAUUUUGGCAACUAAUUAAAUUAAAUACAUUUGAUUAUUUAAAAUAUUUAUUAUGAGAUGCGUUGCGCGUUGAAAAUCUCAUUUAAAUGUGAAAAUAAGUUUAAAGUCGUAUGCAAAAAGUGUUUCGAAAAUUCCUCGAAUAUAAAAAGUGUCCUUCAUAUUUAUUUAAAGAAGA